CAAAUCGAUUUCGUUUCCAUGAUUUUUGUUUUCAUCACAAAAAAAAAUUCUAUAAAUGAAAAAUAAAAAAACACCAAUUGUUCGGGAAUGUCUAUUUCUUUGAUUGCAAUCAAAAUUGUUUUAUCAAAGUCGUCACAGAAAUUGGAACAUAAAGUUGAUUUUGUUGCCAAUAAAUAUCUACAUUUAGCUGCAAUGUCCAAUUCUCAACAACAACCACCAUCAUCGAAUGAAUCAUCUUUGAAUGAAGUGAAAACAUUCGAUCUUCGAGAACCACAUGAUAUAACAAUCGAACAAUAUCAGAUACCAUUUUGUAUAGGCAAUCAUAAUGUCGAAACCAUUCAGGGUAUACUUUAUCUUUUCAAGGAAAACAAACUAACACCAUUGGGUGAAGAAUCUGAGCGUAGUGAUAUAAUUUGUAUGUUAUCGGUGAAUGCGAAUAAAUCGAUUCAUGAUAUUCUACAAUUUACCGCUCCAUUCAGUCAAGAUAUACAACAUAUUCAGAUUAUUCGUGAUUCCACUCCCAAUCAAUAUAUGGUUCUAUUAAAAUUCCAUAGUCAACGAAGUGCAGAUGAAUUUUAUAAUUCAUUCAAUGGCUCCACUUAUAAUUCAAUCGAACCAGAAGUAUGUCAUCUUGCUUUUGUUGCCAUGAUUGAAGUACUUGAUGAUUCAAAAACAUCAUCACAAUUACCAAUAUCUGGUUUUACUGAAUUGCCUACCUGCCCGGUUUGUUUGGAAAGAAUGGAUGAAUCUGUCCAAGGUAUUUUGACCAUUCUUUGUAAUCAUUCAUUCCAUGGAAAGUGUUUGGACCAAUGGGUUGAUUCCAGUUGUCCGGUUUGUCGUUAUUGUCAAACACCUGAAGCAAUGCCUGAUAGCCGUUGUUCUGAAUGUGGUUCACAAUCGACAGCUCAAGAUUCAUUAUGGAUAUGUUUAAUUUGUGGGCAUAUUGGAUGUGGCCGAUAUUUAAAAGGUCAUGCAUCUACACAUCAUAAAGAUACUGGACAUACUUAUGCCAUGCAAUUAGGUCAUAAUAAUCGUGUUUGGGAUUAUGCCGGUGAUAAUUAUGUACAUAGAUUGUUACAAAACAAAGAUGGUGAACCAGUCGAAUUGAAGGCUAAUCAAAGUGGCCAGAAUAAUCAAUUAAUGCAAGAUGAAAAAAUCGAUUCUGUUCAACUUGAAUACACUUAUUUGCUAACAAAUCAAUUGGAAAAUCAACGCCAUUAUUAUGAAGAAACUAUCAAUCAUUUGGAGAAAGAUAAAGAAAAACAAAUGCAAGAAUUAAUCGACAAAAAUGACCGUCUUACGAAUGAAAAUAAAAACCUAAUCAACUGUAUUGAUGAACUGAAAAGAUCGAAACAACAAUUGGAAAAGAAAGUGAAUCAAUUGACACAAAAAUUACAAAAAACUACAGCAGAUCUACAAGAGGAGAAAGAAUUGAAUAAAUGUCUACGGAAAAACCAGGAUGAAUACACCAAAAGAUUGAAUGAAACGGAAAAAAAUUUUCAGGAUUAUAAAAUAGAAAAAGAUGGCGAAAUAGGCGAACUCGCAGAACAGAUGAGAGAUUUGAUGUUCUUUUUGGAAGCCAAAGAUAAGAUACAAAAUGUACCAGAUGAAACAUUGAAAGAAGAAAUUGAAUCCGGUACAAUCUUUAUUCAACAACAACAACAACAGCAACAAUCACAACCAACAAGUAGUAAAUCUGUAAAAUCUGGCCGUAAUAAAAAGACAAAUAAGAAAUAGGACUUUUCUCAAGAUAAAAUAAAUAAAUAACAUUUUUAUUUCA